AUGUACGCCAUUUACAGCUUCCUGCGCACGAAGGCGGACGAAACAGAAACGACCCUCCAGCCUCACCGAUGCCUAGUAAUGUCGGACAGCGAGACGGCGCUCAAGGAGAUCGAACGGGCGUAUCGGGGGCGGACACGCGGCGAGACAAAUAGGAGCGCACUCAAUGCGGCGGUGCAAGCACAAAUCGACAUUAUACAGCGCCACGGAGGGUACGUGAUUUUCAUCUUCACGGAGGGGCAUGCGGGCAACGCGCCCAAUUCCAUGGCGGACGCGGCGGCAAAGGCACACCUGCGGAGCAGGGUAACGAGCGCGUACGAGAUGGACCUAGCACGACACGUGACGAACAGGGCAUGCAUCUACAUGCAUGAGGAGGAGGGGCAGGCGGACUAG